AUGUUUGUUUCAGGUCGGAAGGAAUUAUCUAUAAAAAAUAAUGCAGAUUUUAGUUGCCAUGAUAAGGCACCUUUGCUUACUUUCAUCAGAAGAACAAAAAGGAAAACGGAUGCAAAUGAGAAAGAUUCCCAAGGCAACUUGAAAGCUGAGAAACAGGAGGGUUCAGCAUCUGCUAUAAGUAAAAUUGGGCUAGGGACCGUCUGUGAGGGUGAAAGGCUAACAGCUCAAGUGAAAGAGGUAUCUGUUUUAGGGGCUGCCACUUUAGAAAUCAAUUGAAGUUUAUUUCAUAUAAAUGGAAUGGGGCGGUAUUCGUUUUUCCUUAUAAAAUUAAAUUUAUUUUAUAUGUUUGUUGUCUUUUUCCCCUUUGUCUUUGGAGAAUGCAUCCGUGUGGGGAUGCUUUUUAACUGAUUUCUCCAGUGAGGCUCAUCAUGCAUUCUUUGCUUCUCAGGCAGAGAAUUUUGAAGAAGAGACUAGCCGAACAUCCAUUCUAUGUUCUGUUGAAGAGAAGAGGUAAACAUAGAUAAUAUAUAUAUAUAUAUAUAUAUAUAUAUAUAUAUAUAUAUAUAUAUAUAUAUAUUGGUUCUAUUCCAUGACUCCUCUUUUCAUGCUUCCAAACAAAUGAGAUCAAUUUUUGGCGCGGCUUGGCUGGCAGAACUGAAGAAUCAUCCCUUCAAGUGGGUACUGCUUCGCAUGACAACUCGCUUGAUCUGCAAGCUUCAUUUAAUAAUGGCACUGAGGAUGCUGCUAAUGGAGGGAACAAAAGGCUGGAUUUGUUGGGAAUCAUGGGGACACAGGAAGACGAGAGGAAGGAUGUUGAAAUCAACUGUGAACGGAUUUCUAGUAGAAGAGAUUCUCUGCUUCAGAUGCCAACGAGACUCUCUCUGCCGGAUUUAAAUGCUCUGGUAAGCUUUCUAUUUCCAGUAUGCACGAAAGUUGAGGACUUUCUAGCCCAGGAAAUCUUCUCCUUUCUAUAAGUUCGCUUAUUUCUCAGAUAUAUCUCAUUAUAGAUCUGUAUGUUCUCCUCCUCCCACCAAAACCAUGCGCAGACCCCUACAGAGAAGGAGAAUCAGACGGUGUUCUCUCUGGAGAGGAAUCUUAUGAGAAGCUCAGAUACCCCCCUCUGUGAGACCCAUCAUGAGACAGUCACAAGCAAGACACUUCUGGAGUCGAUACCACCGCAACCUGAAAACAGGGGGUUUCCCUCGACAGCUUCAGUGUCAAGUCGCAGUGUUCAAGGCGCUGAUCAAGCUCGUGAAUUCCUGCUACCCUGGAGAGCCUACGACAGUAACCCGCCGUUCUUUAGGCGCAGGCAGAUGCUCAAUGACAUCUUGACCAGCAGCAGAAUUUUCAACAGAAGACAAGUCUACCCUUUGACAAAUGGCAGAGGACAUCCAGCUGCCUGGUCAGAAGAAGAACUAGAUUCCCUAUGGAUAGGCAUGAGACGGCAUGGAAGGGGCAACUGGACCGCCAUGCUGAGGGACCCAAAACUGAAAUUCUUUGACUGGAAGACUCCAGAAGACCUGGCCGAGAGAUGGGAGGUGGAGCAGUCAAGGUUCCUCAAUUCCCCACUGACUCAGCCAAUGGGACUGCCAGAAGAGGCUGACCGCUACUCCAAUUUUAUGGUCUCAGAUCCCACAGCCACCGCUUACAAUGCUCUUGGGACUCACCCAUCGUCAGAAUUUCGAACACUUAGAACCGAAAACGGGCUGCCCCUGCCCUUGGGAGACAUCUACUUUAGGAAAGAAGCGAGAGCUGUGAGCAGGGAUCAGAGCCGGGCAGCAGAUUUGACUACAGUCUACCCAUUGGUGACAAAUGGCAGCUUAGCCACUGCUUCCUGCAUGUACAGAGGCAAUAGAAGGUAUUCAUUCUCUCUGGCUGCAGGGACCCAGCAGGAGAGACUUGGUAAACCACACAAGGACAGAUCUUCCUGGGCACCCACCCCAUUGGCGCAAAAUCCUAUUGAUAAGGUCUCUGGCGGCAGCAGGCGGCAGGGGAGCUCGCCAUCGACCAACAGUAGUGUGCCUCAUUGGCUCAGAGAAGUACUCUCGACACCUCCAUUGCCAAGUGAACCAGCUCUGUCUUCUGAUGAUCGCCUGGCUGCUUCUCUCCUCCCUUGCUCCGGUGAGAAGGUGGACAUGCAGCGGGGAAUCCUGAAGAGGACGACUGGUGGCGGCGGCGGCGGCAGUAACAGUGACAGCAGGCUGAAAACACCCAGCCCGCCGCCGCCUUCGACCUGUGAGCCCUCUCUGGAACCAAAGCUCAACCCUCCAUCUCUAAGAGGGCAUAUGUUUUUGGAUCUGAACCAGAGCCUGUUGGAGCCCAUGAGGCCAGAGAAAUUGGUCAUCAUAGACAGUGAGGCUUCCUCUGAGGAGACGAUAUCGGACGACCAGGGCAGCAGGCAUUAG